AUGACCUCUCAUGAUCCUGUUACAAUUAUUAUGGACAAAGUCCAGGAGUGGAAAGGUGAUGCUCAGUCUCUGAUAAGUACCUCUGUUGAGGCGAUAAGCGAAUCUUCGGCAUAUAAAAGUCUCGAGAAAGUCCUUGCUAGAACUCGCGAUUCCACUAUAGCAGCAUUACCAUCAUCUCGAGUCACGGUUGUAACUCCUCCUCCACCAACACAAACUUUGACGUCUAAAUGCUCAGAUUGGAUCAGUUCACAUAAACUGCUGGCUGGUGCAGUGGCUCUUGGUCUUACUGGUGGUUCUGCUUAUUACAUGUAUAACAGUGGGUUAUAUGAUUAUCUCAUCAAUGGUCCUUCUUCAGGUUCCGUAUAUACAUCAUCUUUUCUUUCUUCACAUGGUAGAAGAGCCGGUAAAAGGCGUGCUAAGCGGGCUGCUAAUAAUGGUAGAAAAGAAGUGGUUAUAUUAGCAGGAUCUCCUGCAGAGCCAAUUACAAGAGCAAUUGCUGCGGAUUUGAAUAAACGAGGCUUUAUUAUCUAUUGGACAACCAGUUCUCCUGAAGAAGAGGCUUUUGUUCAAAGAGAGAACUCGCCUGAUAUUCGAAAGCUGCCUAUUAAUGUCAGUGAUGCCUCGUCUAUUGAAGCUUCAAUGCAAGCUUUAGACCACAUUUUGUCGAGUCCUGUAGUUGCUUUUCAAGGCGCUACUCCUCAUGAACUUGAACUCGCUGGUGUAGUGGUCGUACCUGAUUUGUAUUAUCCGUGUGGACCAAUUGAAUCAGUGCGAGUAGAUACUUGGAGCGAUCUCAUGUACUCCAAACUUCUCGGACCAAUUUUCCUUCUUUCGAAUGGUCUUAUUGAUCUUGUACGUCGUCACAAAUCACGAAUCCUCAUACUGUCUCCUUCAAUUAUGAGUACUUUAAGCCCUGCAUUCCAUGCUCCUGAAAGCAUAGCUGCCAGUUCGAUUGAGUCCUUAGCUCUAUGUCUUCAUCGAGAGCUCGCUGGUCAAGGCAUUCCUGUUGUCCACUUGAAACUGGGCUCGUUCGAUAUAUCUCAUGGCAGACCACAAGAGAGACAGAUUGCGAAUUCGGUUCGUGCCGACAUUCUGUCCUGGUCGCAACGAGUCCGUUCUCUCUACUCACAACAGUAUCAAGCCUCUGCAUACCUCCAAACCACCCGUGCCUAUGGCUCGAAUCUACGGGUUCUCCACUACUCUGUCUUUGACGCACUCACCACCGCUCACCCACGACGAGUAUGGUAUGUCGGAAAAGGCAGUUACGCAUACCACUUCCUCACCCGCUGGCUGCCCGAGUCCGCUAUGUCCUGGCUCCUCCAACCACCGACAGCUUCUCUCCGUGCUGCCUCACCCGAACCCGAAAAGGGCUGGGAGACGGUCUGA